AAAAAAAAAGGAAACGGACUGCGCACACCACUGCUUAAAACUACUGAUGACUCUUAUACAUCGUUUGGCUUUCUACAGUCAAAAAUGUCAGUUGUAUGGUUCAGUACUUGAAAUGUUCAUGUUGAUUUCACCUGACCGCAAUAAUAUUUUUAACAGCAGCAUUGUUCAGUUUCCGCUACUGAAACCAUGUAACUGAAAGAGGAAGCUGGGUUUCUUCACUGUCACUUCCUUAACAAACGUAGCCUAGUGUUUAUUGACAAUUCACUUUUGUUCUUUCUUGCCUUUAAAAUUGCUGGGAAAAGUGUGUAAAACAGGAGGGUUAAACCUGUGACUAUCUGCUGGUGUGGGAUUUUGAUUGUCGCAGUGUUGACUUGCAAAGACGUACACAAGGGACGAGUCAGAGCAAAGAGCAAGGCCAAAGUGUGUGUGCUGCUGAUGCAUUGCUGAAGAGAACAUCAAAUGGAUAAAGUGGUGGAAUCUGAGCAAGGUAAUCAAGGAGAAAGAAGAAAGAUAAUCCAGCCUUCAUUUUUAAAUGAUCCCAAACUACUGAAGCUUAAAGAGGUGCUGGUCGAAUGGAUCAAUAGUACUCUGAAACCAGAGCACAUUGUGGUCCAGAAUCUGGAGGAAGACAUCUAUGAUGGACUUGUGCUUCAUCACCUACUGGGCAAGUUAGGAGGAGUGCACUUAGGGGUAGAGGAGAUCGCACUAACCAGUGCUGCUCAGAUGUGCAAACUGGAGUUGAUUCUGCAGGCCCUCAAUCAAGAGCUAGGGCUUGGUGCCCAAGCAGACGGUACAGCUAGAUGGAGUGCCAAACUCAUCCACAGUCGAGACCUGUUGGCGACUCUUCAUCUGCUGGUGGCCCUGGUGAAGCGCUACCAGCCCGAACUCGCCCUUCCCCAGAAUGUCAGUGUGGAGGUUGUCAUGCUUGAGGUAAACAAAGGUGGCAUCAAAUAUGACAAGCAGAUAGAAUGCAUCACUUUGCAAAGUGAGGAUACAGAAGGAUGUAAAAAAGAAGACCCCAUAGAUGAGCUGCUCAAGCUUGAUGCACACAAAAUUGCCACAGUCAAAAAGGCCCUCUUGCACUUUAUCAAUAAGAACAUGUCGCCAUUAAGAUUGCAGGUGUCUGACAUCGAGAAACAGUUUGCAGAUGGUGUGAUUCUAAUUUUGCUGAUUGGUGAGUUGGAGGGCUUCUUCAUUCCACUCUACGAGUUCUACCUCUCUCCUGCCAGCCACUCAGAGAUGCUUCAUAAUGUCACCCUGGCUUUGGAUCUACUUAAUGACAGAGAAAUACAAGUACAGAAUGUUGACCCAGAAGAUAUUGUGUCCCAAGAUGUGCCAGCUACACUGAAAGUACUCUAUGCCUUGUUUAAGAAACACAAGAACAAAUAAUCCCCUCCUAGCCCCAUCUACAGCCUCUGAUGAAAAUGACUGUAAAGGUCAUGGGAUAAGCUUCUAAUCCAUCUGGAGUGCAAUGUUGUAACUAAUAUACAUUAGGAAAUUGUUCAGACACAGUCGUCUAGUUUUAAUAAAAGUGAGUGAACACUGGAUCACUCAGCACAUCAUACAGAUUGGCUAUGGCUGUGACAGCAUGGUGACCCCCUUCAUUUCUCCAUCUCUUAUCUCCCCACAUGCUCUCUAAUUGAAUGCUCGCCCUUGAGCUUCUCGCUUGUCCUUACAGACAGAAUGCAUUAUGGUAGGCCUCUUGCUCUCAAAUAAAUUCCAUCAAAAGCUUGA